UGACCAGGAACCGGAAGUAUGAUCGGUUCGUAGCGCCGAACCCCUAUUCACGAAGAAAACAACACUAGUGCUUUCUGUCUGUCUAUCAAUGUGGUUUAUACGAACCGGCUGACAGCAUUAUAUAUUCUUUCAUGGAUGAAAAGUGUUGAUCUCCUCUGAGGGCACUUAUUCGUGUGAAGGUGCGGUAUUCUGAGUGAAUUAGCAGGCUAGCUGAGCUCCACCAUCAUGACAGUGGCGGUGUUUUUCGGCUGUACGUUCAUCGCUUUCGGCCCGGCCAUCUCUUUGUUCCUGUUUACAAUCGCCCGGGAUCCGCUGAAAGUGAUUUUCCUCAUAGCAGGGGCAUUUUUUUGGCUGGUGUCUUUGCUGCUGUCCUCUCUUGUGUGGUUCAUCACAGUUCAGAUCAGCAACAAGGACAGUGCCACCCAGCAGAGAGGCCUGCUUAUAUUUGGUGUGGUGCUCUCUGUACUUCUCCAAGAGGCUUUCAGAUUUGGUUACUACAAAUUGCUGAAGAAAGCAAAUGAAGGCCUGUUGGCACUCAGUCAGGAGGACACCAUGCCCAUCUCCAUGCGGCAGCUGGCAUAUGUAUCUGGCCUGGGCUUUGGGUUCAUGAGUGGAGCUUUUUCGGUGGCGAACAUACUCUCUGACUCUUUGGGUCCGGGGACGGUCGGCAUCCAUGGAGACUCUCAGCAUUACUUUAUAUCCUCAGCUUUUAUGACACUGGCCAUUAUCUUAUUGCAUAUGUUUUGGGGAGUUGUAUUCUUUGAGGCGUGUGAGCGACAGAGAUGGUGGGCUCUUGGAGCUGUGGUUAUCACUCAUCUACUAGUAUCAUGCUUGACGUUUGUGAACCCACACUAUCAGGGCAGUCUGAUCCCAACCUACAUCCUACUGUCCAUCAUGGCAACAUGGGCGUACUUAUGGGCCGGAGGCUCUUUUAGGAACCUCAAGCUCUGCCUCACCUGUAAAGAUAAAGACUUCCUGCUGGCCAACCACAGGCCUAGAUAACCCAUCAACCACAAACGGGACUUUCUCCAAAGACAGGCUCACUGAGCCAAUAGGCCAACAACAUUGCCAGCGGCCCUGAACUCUAUUCACUGGGAAGCUUAUGGUUUGGUUAGUCUGCAUAAGAAUUUUUGCAGAUUAACAGAAAUCGUACGUUUGCAAAUCCGGCACUUUCUUUAAAUCCUAUUCCAUUUUCUGUUCUGUAUAUAAGCAAAAGACCGUGUGCGUUUUAUACUAAUGAAUCCUGUAAACGUCUAAAGCUGCUUUCAAGUCUGAUUCUCACUGUUAGAUGGUUUGAGCAAGGUGGGUUAUCUUUUUUCUGUAAUUUUAACUGAUCAGUAAAGCUAUCACUUUCCUCCCAUCAUUCCUGUAAGGCAUUAUUCACCAUUUUAUUGUCGGACAUGUAGCAUUGUGUUUUCUAUUUAAUCCACGUGUCUCUGAACUUGACUUUUCUUUGAACCUUUGACUUUUUAAAGACCCAUCUCUAUGGGCGUCAGAACCAUUAUAUGUGGGUGGGACGAGACCCGCACACUUUUUAAGAUCAAUGAUAUUGGACCCACUCACUUUUUCUCUAAUUUAGCGCAUAUGUCUGCUCACUUAUGAGAGCACCAUCAGUCAAAUCCUUUCCACUGAGGAAUAUCCUAAUGAAUUCAACUCCAUUCGCGUUUCAGCUACAGCUUUAACUUCCAAGCUUUAAUCCAUUCCACUUGGCUCACUUAAAGGCCUUAUAAAUUAACAGGCUAUAAAAGCAGUUGUUUAAUUAAAAGACAUCUACUUCAGUAAAUGUUUUGGACCCACCCACAGUUUUUUUUUUUAGCUUUUUCCGACACCCAUCUCAGAGCCCCUAAAGUGGUGGUCUUGUUUACUGUUUAUUUCCAACCCAGUGCUACACAAGUUUAAACAGCCCAGAUGAUAAAUGUACUGGCCAUUCCUUAAAUGAAAACACUUAUAAUUACUGGAACCUGAGAACUUUAUAUUGUUGCAUUUUUGACGGUCAUGCAUAGUGACACUUAGCUGUGAAGUGUUUUUUUUUCAUUAAAGUAGCUUAAGAUCAAAUCCAUUAUACUGUAGUCUGCACAUUAUUUUGCUCGUGAAAUGUUUCACUUGUACUGCAUGAAUUUACUUUUUCUGUUGCUUAUAAAGCAGCUGGGGAAUUAUUACUUGUGUGUAUUAAAUAAUGAAUCAACCUCAAUCUCACCUAUUAAAGAUUUGUUGUAAAUGGUUCAGUUUUUGUACUACACUCCUACAUAAAAAAUCUGGAAAAAAUACAAAUGAAAGAUUAAACUAGCACCACUUGA